UUUUGUGAAACCUGCAAAGUGCCCCCACAUUAGCAAAGUAGCAACCACAUAGAGUAGAAAUUUCAGCCCACAAAAACAUUCACUGAAGAAAAAUAGAGUACUCACUAACCAAACUUACUCUCCUUCUUCCCUAACUUCAUCAUCUUCUCCUUCCCUCUCUUUCUCUCUCCUCCCCUGUUUCAAAAUGCCAAGGCCAGGUCCAAGGCCUUAUGAGUGUGUUAGAAGAGCUUGGCAUAGUGAAAGACACCAACCCAUUAGAGGCUCCCUUAUUCAAGAAAUUUUCAGGAUUGCAAAUGAGAUUCAUAGUCCAUCAACAAAGAAGAAGAAAGAAUGGCAAGAGAAACUCCCCAUUGUUGUUCUUAAAGCUGAGGAAAUUAUCUACUCUAAAGCUAAUUCUGAGGCUGAGUAUAUGGAUCCAAAAACACUGUGGGAUCGAGCAAAUGAUGCAAUUAACACCAUAAUCCGCCGUGAAGAGUGCUCUGAAGAUACUGGGGAGUUUUUGCAGCCUUGUAUUGAAGCUGCUCUUCAUUUAGGUUGUUUUCCUAGAAGGGCUUCAAGGAGCCAAAGAAACAAUCACCCCAGAGGUUACUUGACCAGGAAUCCGGAUUUAUCCAAUGUAAUCGAAGGAAAUCCUAAGCCGAGUUCAUCCUUUGUGCCUCACUACUCGAAUUUUCGAGGAAAAGAGCCACAAAAUCUAGUCCUUCCUGUUAAAAGUUGCUUAAACAGUGAACCCUUCCUUUCUAGCCAAAACUGCUUGCCUGGUCAAGGUUCAUUUUCAUCACAAUCAUAUGCUGUUUAUCCAUUGUAUUAUGGUUCCUGCUCUCGACCAAUAGAGCCACAACUAAAGCUUGGUGAUCAUUCUACUUUACGAUCUGUUAGCAAUGACCGCCCUGAAAUUGACAUGUCUCGAAACUUUUCCUUGUGUAGUGAGGAUAGUACAAUGAAUUGGAGUCGCCAACCAAAUAUAUCUAUCAACCCACCUAAUAAUGAGUGUGAUUUAUCUCUUCGUUUGGGAUUUCCUUCAAUGCAAGGGGAGAAAGAUGCUCAAAUUAAUGGUUUUCAAGAGAAAGUAAGUGUUGUGGGUUCUAAGCAUGAGUCUAUAGAGAGAUUUUCCUUCUAUCAUAAGAACAAUGCUGGUUCUAGAGAUGAGAGUUUGGAUGUAAAUUUGAUGGUAAGGAAGCGUAAGGCAGUUGAUCAAAUGAAGGAUCCGCGUUAUCCAUGGGAGCCAAAGUUCUUGCCAACUUACUCUAAUGAAGGAACAAGUACAACAGGUUAGUUAGUAGCUAUCCCGCCUUUAGUAGAUGCGUAGAGAACUUCAGGUCAGUCGGCGUUGUUUAUGUAAAAAUCAAAAAAUGUAGUAGUUUCAUAUUGCGGAAUGCUUUCCCAUUUGGGUUGUUUCAGCUGUGUCAUUUGCUAGGAUGAGUCCCUUCUGAAAAACCAUGAAUUUUGUACAUAACUGUUGUAACAGAUGUGUUGAUUUCAGCUGCAUCACUCUUUUGAUGAGUUUAUAUCAUUUGAUUUAGUCAGACUUUCAAAUUUCAAUUCUCAAACAUUGAUUAUUACCUCGAACUUAACUGCUG